GGCAUGGGGCAGAUUGGAGUUUAGCUGAAUAAAAGUACGGCCAGUCGAUUUGUUUGUGUGCUUAUUCAGACAAGGCAUGGGCGGAUCUGAAUUUCAGCAGGGUACAUGUGAAGCAUCCGUGGUGCACGCACCCGAAACGGAAUCUGAACACUUUGCAGAUGCCAUUGGGCUCGCACAUGCUACCAUCCCCCAACUUGCCAUGUCACCUCGGAAUAUUUUACCAAGUUCAGGCAGGAAGGAGAGAAAGUGAUGCCUUGCAUCUUGGCACACUGGCACGGCACCACCGUGGGCUCUAUAAUAAACCCCUCCUGCCCGUGCUCUGUCUCCUAUCUCUUGUGUUUAUGCUUGCCUCGUGCACUCGCAGAACUCAAGUAAUAAAAUACAACUCAACUUGCAAGGAGAUAUUUUCAUUCAUAGCAGUCUUCAUUAUUCCUGUAGAAUAUACUGAUCAGCAAACAUGGGUGCCGGCGGCAGGAUGACGGAGAAGGAGAGGGAGAAGCAGGAGCAGCUGGGCCGCGCCGACGUCGGCGCGACCCUCCAGCGCUCGCCCACGGACAAGCCGCCCUUCACGCUGGGGCAGAUCAAGAAGGCGAUCCCGCCCCACUGCUUCCAGCGCUCGGUGAUCAAGUCCUUCUCCUACGUGGUGCACGACCUGGUCAUCGUGGCCGCGCUUCUGUACGCGGCGUUGGUCUGGAUCCCCACCCUCCCGACCGUGCUGCAGCUGGGCGCGUGGCCGCUCUACUGGGUGGUGCAAGGCUGCGUCAUGACGGGCGUCUGGGUCAUCGCGCAUGAGUGCGGCCAUCACGCCUUCUCCGACUACUCGCUGCUCGACGACAUCGUGGGCCUGGUGCUCCACUCGUGGCUGCUCGUCCCCUACUUCUCCUGGAAGUACAGCCACCGUCGCCACCACUCCAACACCGGCUCCAUGGAGCGCGACGAGGUGUUCGUGCCAAAGAAGAAGGACGCGCUGGCAUGGUACACCCCCUACAUCUACAACAACCCCGCUGGCCGCCUGGUGCACAUCGUGGUGCAGCUCACCCUCGGGUGGCCGCUGUACCUGGCGACCAACGCCUCGGGCCGCCCAUACCCGCGCUUCGCGUGCCACUUCGACCCCUACGGCCCCAUCUACAAUGACAGGGAGCGCGUCCAGAUCUUCAUCUCGGACGUCGGCGUGCUGGCCACCUCGUUUGGCCUCUUCAAGCUCGCGUCGGUGUUCGGGUUCUGGUGGGUGGUGCGCGUCUACGCGGUGCCGCUGCUCAUCGUCAAUGCGUGGCUGGUCCUCAUCACCUACCUGCAGCACACCCACCCGGCGCUGCCGCACUACGACUCCACCGAGUGGGACUGGCUGCGGGGCGCGCUCGCCACCAUGGACAGGGACUAUGGCAUCCUCAACCGUGUGUUCCACAACAUCACGGACACCCAUGUUGCGCACCACCUCUUCUCCACCAUGCCGCACUACCACGCCAUGGAGGCAACCAAGGCGAUCAAGCCCAUCCUCGGCGAGUACUACCAGUUCGACCCCACCCCCGUCGCCAAGGCUACGUGGCGUGAGGCCAAGGAGUGCAUCUACGUCGAGCCCACCGAGGACCGCAAGGGCGUCUUCUGGUACAGCAACAAAUUCUAGGCUGGGACAUUGGGUCUCAUGAACCCUGCUGCUGGAAUGUGAGGAAGAACUCUGGAAGAGAUCCUACACCAACAAGCUCUACCUACGUAUGGUUGGUUAGUCUUUAUUAGAUAGAAGAGAGCAUCUGGGCGCAAGGAGGAAGACUAUCAUCACCGUGCCAAUGCUAGAAGAGUUGCAGCAGGUGCAAAGGAGUAGCGUGUCCGUGGCUUUGGUCGUCAGUUCCGUCGUCUUUACUUUCUCUGCCUUGUAGUCGCCGGUUUAGUUUGGCCGGUGACCGUCCCUUGUGUUGUGUGCGUCUGUCACUGCAUUGGCGUCAUCUCAUCGUCCCUGUGUUGUGUUGUUGUAGACCAUCUCAUCUCGUGUUUAUGGCGGAAUAACUGAACAUCAAACGGCAACUUUUUUGAGAAA